AGCUUGUAGCAUCUCAGAGGAUCCAGUGUGGCUGGCAGCAGGCACAGGGGGGAAUCGGCACAAUCUGGGAUCUAUCUGGGAAAAAGGGCAGUCGGUGAGAGAACCGGCUCCAAUCCCCGGCGGAAACUCGACCAACACUCCGCGGAGACUUCUGCUGCGUUUCCCCGCGGCUGGCUGCGCCUUUUCCUCCCAGGAAUCUCCUUGGGAUCUGGAUCCGCUCAGGUGACUGAAUCGGUGCUCCUGGAGCUGUGCUGAGCCGUUUGCAGACCAAAGAUGGAUCAGCUUUCAGACGAGGAGGUGGAGGUGAGGGGGGAGGAGGAUGAGGAAGAGGAGGACAGCGAUAAGGAGGACCAGGACCUGGAUAAAAUGUUUGGAGCCUGGCUGGGAGAGCUGGACAAGCUCACACAAAGCUUGGAUGAUGGUCGUCCAGAAUGCCCCCCGCAGCAGAAAGCCCCCCUCAGGCAGGAGACCAACAUGGCAAAUUUCUCCUACAGAUUCUCCAUCUACAACAUUAACGAGGCCCUGAAUCAGGGGGAGAACGUUGACCUGAACGCCCUCAUGGCUGACCUGUCCUCCAUUGAGCAGGAGCUCAGCACCAUCAACACCAAGUCCAGCAGCAGCAGCAGCAUGGCCCGGCUGGGACUCACAGACACCAAGGUGCGGCAGAAGCCUCCUGCUGGGCGCAGCAGCAGACAGCAGUCAGUAGGGGGCAGCGGUGGCGGCAUUGGGAACAGCGUGUCGGGUGGGGGGGGCAGCAGCGGGGCGAGCAGCAGCAGCAGCAGCGCCAGGGCGUCUCCAGCCGGCACCAUCAGAUCGCCGAGCGGGCAGCAGGGCCGACCGCCGCUGGCCUCCAACUUCAGCCUGGACGAUAUCACGGCUCAGCUGGAGAAGGCGUCUCUCAGCAUGGAUGAAGCUGCACGACAGACCUCCUCCCACUCUCUUAGCUCCGCCUCCUCGUACACGUCAGCCUCGGUGAGACGGCCAGGGUCUUCUCAGCGCCAGCACCGACGCACCGGGUCAGUGGGAACGGUCAGCGAGCACGAGGUGCGGUCGUUUGUCCACUCGUCCCGCUCCUCUGUCACCUCGGCGUCCGGCAUCUCUGUCAACUCUGCGUCCUCCAUGGAUUCACUGGACAGCGUCCUCCGCUCCGAGUCCGACGACCCGCAGCCUUCAGAGGGAUCGGGUCAGGCGCAUCCCAACACAGAGCACUCCUAUCUGGACAGGGAAACCUCUCUGAUUCUGAGAAACAUUGCAGGAAAGCCCCCCCACCUGCUGACCAAGGAGGAGCAGGCUGCCAAGCUAAAGGCGGAGAAUAUCCGGGUGGCUUUGGAGAAGAUCAAGGAGGCACAGGUGAAGAAGCUGGUGAUCCGUGUUCAUCUGUCAGAUGAGAGCUCAAAGACCAUGAUGGUGGACGAGAGACAGACAGUCCGACAGGUUCUGGACAGUCUGCUGGAUAAAUCUCACUGUGGUUACAGUCCAGACUGGUCCCUGGUGGAAACCAUCACAGAGCUGCAGAUGGAACGGAUCUUCGAGGAUCACGAGAACCUGGUGGAGAACCUGCUGAACUGGACUAGAGACAGCCAGAACCGCCUCAUGUUCACCGAGCGCAUCGAGAAGUACGCCCUGUUCAAAAACCCACAGAACUACUUACUGGGGCGGAAGGAGACGUGUGAGAUGGCAGAGAGGAACAAAGAAGCUCUGCUAGAGGAGUGUUUCGGAGGCAGUUCGGUGUCUGUCCCUGAGAUGGAGGGAGUCCUGUGGCUGAAAGAGGACGGCAAAAAGUCAUGGAAGAAACGCUACUUCCUGCUCAGAGCGUCUGGGAUCUACUACGUCCCAAAGGGCAAGGCCAAGACGUCCAGGGACCUGGUGUGUUUCCUCCAGCUGGAUCACGUCAAUGUUUACCUGGGUCAUGACUACAAGAGCAAGUACAAGGCUCCCACUGACUUCUGCAUGGUGCUGAAGCACCCCCAGAUCCAGAAGAAGUCUCAGUAUAUAAAGUACCUGUGCUGUGAUGACAUCAGAACUCUCCAACAAUGGAUCAACAGUAUUCGCAUUGCAAAGUACGGGAAGCAGCUGUACAUCAACUUCCAGGAGGCCAUGAGGAGGACAGAGGCCGCCUACGAUUGGUCUUCCCUCUCUUCUUCUUCCAUCAAGUCCGGCUCCAGCUCUUCCAGCCUCCCAGAGUCGCAGUCCAACCACUCCAGUCAAUCAGACAGCGGCGUGUCAGAGCUGACGUCAUCUGGACACACCCGCUCCCAGAGUGUGGUCAGCUCCAUCUUCUCUGACGCCUGGAGGAGAGGAACGCAAGGAGAGAUGAUGAAGAUGGAUCCCAUCAGUAGGCCCAUCCCGGUCCAGAUCCCCAGCCUCUCCCCCCAGUCUCAGACUCCGCCUUCCCGGAGCAGCUACACCGAUGGGCUCAUCCCAUCCGAGGACUCCUCCUCUUCUCCGUCCCCGCCCUCGCCCCCUCCCCCACCUCCUCUCGCCGUAUCCAGUAUGGGCCACCAAGGAGCCCCUCCUUCCUCCUACGUGAAGUACAGCACUCUGGCUCGCCUGCAGAGCCAAAACCAGGCUAGAACGCAGCAGGUUGCCGGCGCCGGUACCACUCCCCUUCCCUUGCAGAACUACAACACCCUCCCAGCUUCUUACGGCACCUCUCCGCCAUCGCCCCCUCCUCCUCCUCCACCUGUGGCGCCGGCCCCUGGCUCAGCCAUGGCUGCCCUAAAGUUCGGUCUGCCAAGCCCCAACUGUCUCCCGCCGCCGCCUCUGCCAGAGGAGGAGGCACUGGAGCCACACAGCCUCCCAGAGGGCCUGGAUGCCAACGGUCUGCCCCCUCCUCCCCCUCCAGAGCCCCUCCCCAACCCCUGCCCCCAGCUCUCCAACUCAGGCCUGCAGCAGUUCCUGUCACAGAAGUUCCCCAACAUGGUGUACGACUUCACCCCCUCAGCGCUGCAGGACGGUUCCCCAGCACCCCUUCCACCUCCCACAGAACUCUCCCCCCCAGCAUCACUACAAGUUCUCCGGCCUCUGUCUCCCAAUGCCCCCCCACCCGCUCCUCCCAAAACCUUCUCUGGUGGAUUCCCUCCUCUGACCGCCCCAAAACCGUCUGGUCCUUCCUCCCUCCCCAUCGCCCUCUCCCCGGUGUCCCCCACCCAGCCGUUUUCUGGACACUGCCCUGUCAGGAAGCAGCAGAGCUUCUCGACGGGACACUCCCCGAAUCAGCCCCCCCCCACACUACCCAAGCAGCACAGCCUCUCCUCCAAGAACCUGGCCAUCUCUCCCUCUGCCUCCUCCUCAUCUGUCUCCAUCGCCGCGGCUACCUCCUCUUUGGUCAAACAGAUUGUCAAUCAGUUCCCAGGAAACACUUCCCCCAUACCUCCUUCCAGCUCUGCUCCCCAGUCCCCUCCUGCAGUCAAGGCCAAACCAAAGUGGCAAAUCGGGGGCGCUGCAGUGCCACAGUCACCUGAAUUCCCCCCACCUCCCCCUGACGGCUCCUUAGGAGACUUUCCUCCUCCGCCGUCUUCCUCUUCCAAGUCGGGCUCCCCCAUCAAGAAGUCUCCCUCAACCUCCUCCACGGGGUCUGCCAAGCGUGGGCCUCCCCCAACCCCACAGAGGGCCUCCUCCAUGAAAGACCCUCAGGACGAGCGGCCCAAGAAGGUGGAGAGUCUGUUGAGUAAAUUUGGUCAGGCCCCCCAGAUGGGAACAUCGUCGAGCUCCUCCUCAGCAACAGGAUCUCCUUCCAAAGACUCCGCUUCCCUUCCGGCACCGCUCCCCAAGCCGGGGAAGCUGAACCUGGCCAACCUGCCUCUGGUCAUCCAGGGUCUGCAGAGUGGCCAGCAGCAUCAGUCUGACUUCCCCUCGCCUCCUCCCCCACCUCCUGCCUCCCAGCAUCCUCACCUGGAUUCAUCAGCCGACUUUUUCCCUCCCCCGCCGACCGAAUCGGAGCUCUUCCCUCCCCCGCCUCACCCCUCUGAGUUCCAUCACCCUCCCAAGGUCGCCGUUGUGAACCCCCAGCCUCAGAUGCAGCCUCCUGCAUCGGCAACAUCUUCUUUCUCCUCGUCAUCAUGGAAGCAAGGCUCACUGAAAAAGGGGGCGAUGCCUCCUCCGGCAAUGAACCGGCGCAGUAGCAACACAGCUCAGUUCGAAAACACCAUCUCACUGCCUCUCUCGCCUCCACCACUGUCCCAAACCCCACCCCCCUCCCUCUCGUCCUACUCUUCCUCUUCCUCCUCCUCCCCCAUACCCCCUACCUCCCCAAAGUCAGCAGCGCCCGCCUCCCUGGCCUUUAAGCCUCACUUCCUGGAGGACCUGAACCGCACGCUGAAGAGGAAAUCAGUGUCACGCCACGGCUCGCUCACCUCUUCCCACUUGAUCCCCUCCUCCAAGAUGGAGCCCGUGGGCACAAUGGACGACAUGGCACUCCUGCCGCCUCCCCCCCCAGAGCUCCUGCCUCAACAGCAUCAGCAGGGAGUCCGGGGACACUCUCACACCCUGUCGCGGCACCACGGGCGCUCCCAAUCGGCCAAACAUGGCAACAUCUCAGGCUAUGCAACGCUGCGGCGAGGCCCGCCUCCCGCCCCUCCCAAACGGGACCAAAGCACCAAACUGACCAGUGAGUGGUAGGAGACGGUGACUCUGACUGUAGCUCAUUGACCAAUCAGGUCCCGUUGUUCCUGCGGAGAGGAAAAACGCCCGUCUCUUCUCGGUCUCCUUUGGAUUCCAAGCAAGUGGCGAAGCAACUCCUAAUCUCAGAUUAAUCCUCAUUAUUCCCAUCAUUACAUGUUUAAUCCAACAUGAGUAACAAUUUAAAUAUAUAAAUAUGUAUAUGUAUAUAGUUAGCAAGAGAGAAAAUCACCCCUCCAGCUUUUUUCACAUCUGUGCAGCUUUGCAUUGAAACAUAUGAAAGACUUGAAGUGACGUUUAGCUGCGAUGUACCAGGUACUGCAUGAACCAAGGAGUCAGGGGAAGGAACCACGGAGGAGGAAGGUCGAUGAUGAUGAUGAUGUGUAUAGAAGUGUAUAUUGUGAGAGGUGAGGGGGGAAGUGUGUGUGUAGGGGAGGGGCAAUCCUAGAGGGAACAUUGCCAUUUCUUCCACCCUGUUUUUUUGUUUUUUUUUUGCGUGUUUUUUUUUUAUAUCAAAUUAUUUAAUACUGGAAAAAUAUUGUAAUAAUUAUUUUGAAUUUUAAGAAGUGGAAGAGGAGAAUGAGUUUGACUGGACAUGUGACUGUUUUCUACGAGGACCUGCUUUACCAGGCUCCCCCUUUCAUUUGAUCAAACUGCGUUUCGGCUGAUCUGCUGGUUGGUGAAACUGAACCCUGACGGUUCCCUCCUGCCAACCUGGAUCGGUUUCCCACCAUCAGAGGGUUUUUGUCUGUUCAGACCCUUUGAACUUUUUCACAGUUUUGUCAUGUAACUACAAUGGAAUACAGGGCCAUACUGAUAAAAAAAAUAAAACAAUUAAAUUACAAGAAUAAAGUUAUAAUAUGUGUUUAUUCUCUUAAUACUAUGACUUUAUUUGAGUAUUAUUCUCGUAAAUCAUUUCUUGGAAUUUUAUGACUUUAUUCUGGUAAUUUUAUUUUUUAAUUAUUUUCUUGGCAUGGCCUCAAUACUCCAUCCUAUGUAACACACUGCAGCAUGUUCAUUAGGAUUUAUUGUGGCAGACCGAAACACAGUAGUGCAUAAAUGUGAAAUAGAAGGAAAACAUGGUUUUCAGUUUGGUUUCCGAAUAAACCGGGUCAGUACAUUGUAGAAUUACAUUUAGAUUAAUUCAGUAAUGUUCUCCACCUUCUUCCUGUAUUUUCCUUCAUAUUGCUCAGUCUGUCUAUCUCAACCCAUUGACUUGCUUCCUUGAUCUGACUGGAGAAAAACAGCCCCACAGCAUGAUGCUGCCUACACCAUGAUUCAUUAUGUCUUCAGGAUGAUGUGCAGGACUGACUUCUACUUUCUACAUUUAUCCUUCUACAUUUAUGCAUUCACUUGUGUUAAGUCCAAUGUGACCAUCUCAAGUGCAUUUUUGUAAUGUUUACAAUAUGAAGCAGUUCAAGGGGCGUGAAAACCUUUGCAAAGUGCUGUUGAUGUCAACCACAUCCUGGUUUCCAGAAGAUUCCAGGGGCCGGGCCGGGGACAGGCUGGGAUUGGUUCGAAUGUUGAAAUGUACAGAACAAACACCUCUUUUUUUUUUUAAAUGUCAGUUAGAAAAUCAGCUGGUAAGGUUAGCCACGUUAAGCCCCUGCGUCAUUUGGUAGUGUUGCACCAGUUCUUAUGUCUUCCCUUCCCUCUACGUGGGGCAGAACCUGUUCCAAGCUGGGAACUGGAUUCAGCCCAGACAGGCUGCAGUAACCCAAACCAACAGCUAGAGCCAGAUUACAGCCAGUGACAGAACAAGCAGGCAGCCAGAGAUUCAACAUCUGCCAGAAAGAUGUGAGCUGGUGCCAGCACCUCUACCACUGCAGUCUAACUCUGGCUGAGCUCCACCACCAGCUCCACCUGGUGGCAGUUUUUUGCUUCACAUAUCCAUCACUAGUUAGUUUUAGUGUGAGCAGCUCUAGAAAUGCCCUGGGAACAAGUGCCUGGAAACAAACAGCUCCCUCUGCUGGCAGGAGUGUAGAAUCAUCACAUACCAGCUGAGGACACGCCCCUCUGGAUGCUGAGGACACGCCCCUUUGGAAGCCUGAACCAGCUGAACAUCACCUUUAAGUAACUGUGACCUUUAGGGAGAGAAGGUCUGUGUUAGACUGCAGGGUCACAUGAAUCUCAAGCGUGGCUCAAAGGCAACUUUCUUGAACCUGAACCGUUUCCAGGGAAACUGCUCUGUUUGCGUUACUUCGUCUUCAGGACAGGAAGUCGACGAUUAUCUUUCCAGGCCUGUUUUCAGGCCUGAAGGUGACAGUAAAACGCUGACUGGAGGUAUAACUCUGGAGCCACUAGAGGGCGGUAUUGUGGCCUGGAAAAUAUAUAAAAUCUGUAUUUUAUAAAUUCUUUUAGAUAUUAUCCAUUGAGAACGAGCCCUCGUUGUCCAAUGAGCUGAGGAGAAUAUGGCACAAUAAUUUAAAAUCCCCCAGAAAACAACAAAACGAGGUUAAACUACUGAAAAAAAAAACAACUAAGACUGUUUUAAGGGGAAUACUUUCUUAAUUUGACAAGCUGUUUAAAAGACCAUAACCCAUCAGAAUUAAACUCUUUUAGACCAAAACCCGAAAGGACUUCUGAUAUCUUUAGUUAUUUACACAAAAGGUGAAUCUUAUUUAUUGGGUAUAGUGGAGAAAUGGCUCCAUCUGAACACUUUGAACCGAGCUGCCUUGUUUUAAGGGAGGCGUGUGGAUCUGAUCCGGGUUAGGGAUCCUCAGUGACACUGUGACCCCAUACUGACCCACAUCCCUCUGUUCUGUAGGUUUAAUCACACCUAGUUCCCUUUGUUUGGUUAAAAAAAACAACCUGGUGCCAAAAAUCCCACUGAGCUGAAAGUCGGGAGAAAACGUUCCGGGUUGUUCCAUGGACGGUUCAGAUGAAGGUUUUCUGCUCUUUAAUCUUCCUGCUGCACACAGCUGACCCUGCUUCAGAAUGAUCCUGCAUGACACCAACACCACCAAAACAAGAGCACAGAAGCCAAAAACGUCGACUUACUGCCCUAGUUUAAACCUUUUAUGUGCAAUUUUCUUUGUUUAUGAGCUAUGUUUUCUGUCAGCCCUGCUCUGAUGUCGGGCAGCGGACUUCCUCUGAGAAGAGCUUCUGAUGGACUGAAAGGAAAACACACACCUGGCACAUGCAGUGGUGCGUUCAGGUGACUGCCAACACCAGACAGUUCUAAACUGUUGGGUGUCUCAUCUGAGGACACGGGCAGAACGGCCUGCUGCUGCUGCGGCUGGUGUGAAACUUGCUGAUGCAUUUCAAAUAAAGGAGGAAAAAGUCAAA